AUGUCUCUCGACGUGUCCUCGUUAUUCUCUGUUAGAGACACCGUCGCUGUCAUAACGGGUGGCGGAUCCGUCUUCAUCCUCGGCCGUCGGGAGCACGUUCUCCAGGAAGACUGCGCUGAAGCACAGAACCACUCCCUCAUCCCCGUCCCAACAGACGUCACCUCAAAGGAGUCUCUCGAGGCAGCAUACCGCACCAUCGCAUCCCAAACCAACCACAUUGACCUCCUCAUUGUGAACAGCGGCAUCGUGGGCCCUCCCACCUCCCUCCCUCCGAAUCCCGCUGCGAGCCCUUUCACUCCACCCACUCUCCGUGAAUUCCGCGACCACCACUUCUCCCACCCAAUGGAGUCAAUCACCAGCGUCUUCGACGUAAACAUCACAGGAAGCCACUACACUAUUCUCGCUUUCCUCCCUCUCCUUGAAAAUGCCAAUCUCUACCGCCCUUCUCCCCAACCAGACACAGUGUCUCCACCUCGCCCGCAAGUCAUCAUCACCAGAUCAGAGUCAAUGGGAUUGCACCGGGCUUGUUCUAUUCUGAUAUGA